AUUUAGAUUAAAAUGUAUAGUUCUGGACAAAAUAACGACGAUGAGGAAACUCCAAUUCGUCCGCCGAUAGAUAGUGAAUCUUGGUGCAGAACCAAGACCUCAGAAGAUGUAAAACAUACAUUUGCCUGGACCAUCGAAAGAUUCUCUGAACGCCCUGAGACAAAUGGAAGUUUUCUUUGGUCGUCUAAAUUUACGAUCAGAGAUAAUGAUGAUCAAGCUACACAGUGGAAACUCAAACUCUACCCUAAGGGAGAUACAUCUGAAGCUGUUGGAUAUUUAUCAGUUUAUUUAUCAAAUCAAACAGAAACACCUGUCAAGGCCAGAUACGAAUUCACGGUGCUGGAUAGUAGCAAGAACAGACAAAACAAAGUUAAAUCACAGUUUACAGAGUUCAAGUCUAAACCUGACUCCUGGGGAUUCCGAAAGUUCUUAAAUGCUGAUUAUCUGAAGACUAAAGCUGCACUCCUCGUACCUGAUGAUUCUCUUACUAUCAUCUGUGACGUCAGUAUUGUCGGUCAUGAGAAAGUUUUAUCUGGUUCUAAGUUCCCUGAAGAAACCUCGAAAGGGGUUUCGAAAAAUAAACAACGAUGCCAUAAGCAAUUAUCACAGGAUUUGGAAUGUGGUUUCCGGGAUUCAAGUUUCUCAGACUGUAAGAUUGUAUGCGAGAGCAAGACCUUCGACUGCCAUAAGUUCAUGCUAAGCUGGAGGUCCCCUGUGUUUAGAGCCAUGUUCCAAAACGACAUGGAGGAAGCAACCUCAGGGAAGGUGGAAAUCAAGAAUCUCUCCUCGGAUGUUGUAGAAGAUCUUCUGUUCUUCAUCUAUACAGGAAACACACCAAACCUAGCUAAGGGUGCAGACAAACUGCUGGCAGCUGCUGAUAUGUAUCAACUUGAUCAUCUGAAGAGUAUGUGUGAAGAGAAACUGAUAAACACAACAAGUAUAGAUAAUACAGUGGCACACCUUGUCCUAGGAGAUAUGUAUCAGGCAAAUCUUCUAAAGAAAAGUGCUCUAUCAUUUGUAGUAAAGAAUAUGAGCACUGUUAUCAGGACCAAAGACUGGAAGGAAGAACUAAUCCGCCACCCUCAACUCAUGGCGGAGGUUAUGGAGGCUAUGGCCAGGAAGGACACAUCCUCUACGAAGGAACCCAGCGCAAAGCGUGCAAAGCAAUCCUGAUCAGCUGCUGCCUGGCUUGGUGCAGCGUUUAUAGCUGACUCAAGUUUUACUUCUUUAAAAGAAUUAACAUUAACAUUUUUUGAGAAUUAUCAUUUAAACAGUUACAGUUCGCAUGUCGCAUACACUUAAAAUAAAAUAAAAAAAGCUUUAAAAUGAAGAAGGAAUUGUUAUUUGACAGUUCUUGUUUCACGGUUAAUUCAUUUGAGAAAGUAUUUUAGAAUAUUGCUGUAAAAAACUAUAGCAGCAUUUUUUAGUUAAAUCGUAAAUCAACCGGUAAAUAUUGUAUUUAAAAGAAUGUGCGUCAAAGUCUUCAAAAGAAAAAUUUGCAAUUUCAUGAUCAUUUGACUUCCCCUUCCCCCUGUUAAUUUUUAUAUUUUCAGCUAAACACGCUGCUAGGCUGCUAGCCCCUCCCCCCCUUCCUACCCCUCGUCUUACACCUCAUGACUAGAACACGCACAUUUAUAAAUAUUAAGAUUAAGAACGCAGUUCCGUAUUCUCAGUCGUGUUAAUAAAAUCAUACUGCCGCUUCAGCAUUCCCGUCAUAAUUCGGGUAUUCUUUUGUUUUCUUUAGAUCUAUUCAUCAAUUUUUUUCAUUUGUUUUUGCAAAGAGUUUGGGUCCGGAGAUGGGAAGAGUCAGGGGCGGAUAAAUGGACUUAAAUUUUUAUGAGCAAAACUUUUAACGUGUGUUAAUGGUGCAAUUAAAAAUUGGCGAGUGAAACAUUUGAAUUAAUAUUUAACAGUUUUCUGUGUCACUUUUUUUCUCAUUUUUAGUUGUAGUCGAUUUAUUUACAAUCACAUUCACAUGAUCUCAUUAAAGCCAUUCUCACAAUACUGAAUUGAUUGCGAAUUUAAAAUUAAACAUAACUACUUAAUAAUAUUAUGCGUUAACACAAAUUUAUAAAAUCCACUUUAACGUAAGGUUAGUUUUUCGGAGCUUUUAACAGUCCAAAACCAAUUGAAAGAUUUAUGCAAAGAGAUUCUAAGAUAAACGAUACCUUUUGUUUCUCCGCAAUUUUAGAAAUCUGCAUCAUAAAAAUGGCUGUAAAUUCUGUUUUUAGUUAAGGUUAAAUUAAUAAUAAAUUGUAUUUUAUUAAUACGAAAUUAUGUGAGUUUAAAAUAAUUUGCAAUUUUGUUCAAUAUUGUUUAAAACAAUGAUGUUAAAAUUAAGUUCACGUUAAGAGUAAAAAUAUUGAUUUCAGA